CAUGUGAGGCAGAGAAUGAGGAAGAGAAGAAAAGAACAUGCGCCAGAGUUGGCAGUGGUGCAGUCACAUCCUGGUGGACUGCCUUCUUGGAUUUCUCCACUGACUCGGGUCAGUGCGUGGAGAGGUGCUGAUAGCGAGGGCCUGCUAGGAGGAUCCAGAAUGGAGAGGAAGUUCCUGCUCACAGAGAGUGAAGUGUGGGGCGCACCCACAAAUGUGGGGUUCCAAGUGCAAACUGAUAGUAUCUGUGACGCCUUGCUGGCAGACUUGGAGUCCACUACCUCCCACAUCUCCAAACGGCCUGUGUUCCUGUCUGAGGAGGCCCCCUACUCCUACCCAACUGGAAACCACACCUACCAGGAGAUCGCAGUGCCACCCCCGGUCCCACCACCCCCGUCUAGCGAGGCCCUCAAUGGCACCACCCUUGACCCCUUAGACCAGUGGCAGCCCAGCGCCUCCCGAUUCACUCACCAGCGGCCUCCGUCCCCGUCACCUGUGUACAGCUCCAGGGCCAAAGCCUCCAGUGCCUCCAAUCCCCAGGACGGCGUCAGCCCUCCGUGCUCCCGAGUCGGUGAGGAGGAUCACGUCUACAGCUUCCCCAACAAGCAGAAGUCAGCUGAGCCUUCGCCUACCAUAAUGAGCUCCUCCCUGGGCAGCAACCUUUCUGAACUUGAUCGUCUGCUGCUGGAACUGAAUGCCGUGCAGCACAAUUCUCCAGGCUUCCCUGCAGAUGAGGCCAACUCAAGCCUCCCACUGCUUGGGGCCCUGACCCCUCCAAGUGGCAUUCCAGAGAAUAACAGCCCCGUGGGAGGCAAAACUGGGCCUCCGAAAGAGAAACCCAAGCGCAAUGGCGCACGGGGCCUAGAGGAUGUGCGGCCCAGUGUGGAGAGCCUCUUGGAUGAAUUGGAGAGCUCUGUGCCCAGCCCUGUCCCCGCCAUUACUGUGAACCAGGGCGAGAUGAGCAGCCCGCAGCGAGUCACCUCCAGCCAGCAGCAGACGCGUAUCUCAGCCUCCUCUGCCACCAGGGAGCUGGACGAGCUGAUGGCCUCACUGUCAGAUUUCAAGUUCAUGGCCCAGGGGAAGACCAGAAGCAGCUCACCACCUGGGGGACCCCCAAAGCCCGGGAGCCAGCUGGACAGCAUGCUGGGGAGCCUGCAGUCCGACCUAAACAAGCUGGGGGUGGCCACAGUGGCCAAAGGCGUCUGUGGGGCCUGCAAGAAACCCAUUGCUGGGCAGGUCGUGACUGCCAUGGGAAAGACAUGGCACCCUGAGCACUUUGUCUGCACCCACUGCCAGGAGGAGAUCGGAUCCCGGAAUUUCUUCGAGCGUGACGGGCAGCCCUACUGUGAAAAGGACUAUCACAACCUCUUCUCCCCACGCUGCUACUACUGCAAUGGCCCCAUCCUGGAUAAAGUGGUGACAGCCCUUGACCGGACGUGGCACCCUGAGCACUUCUUCUGUGCCCAGUGUGGAGCCUUCUUUGGCCCUGAAGGGUUCCACGAGAAAGAUGGCAAAGCCUACUGCCGGAAGGAUUAUUUUGACAUGUUCGCGCCCAAGUGUGGCGGCUGUGCCCGGGCCAUCCUGGAGAACUACAUCUCGGCCCUCAACACCCUCUGGCAUCCCGAGUGCUUUGUGUGCAGGGAGUGCUUCACGCCUUUUAUUAACGGCAGCUUCUUUGAGCACGACGGGCAGCCAUACUGCGAGGUGCACUAUCACGAGCGCCGCGGCUCACUGUGCUCUGGCUGCCAGAAACCCAUCACGGGCCGCUGCAUCACCGCCAUGGCCAAGAAGUUCCACCCCGAGCACUUCGUCUGUGCCUUCUGCCUCAAGCAGCUCAACAAGGGCACCUUCAAAGAGCAGAAUGACAAGCCUUACUGCCAGAACUGCUUCCUGAAGCUCUUCUGCUAGGCGCCCUUCCCCAGCCCGGCGUCCCCAACUGCUACUGUGACCCAGAGACCUCGCCCAGGGCUGAGGGGCAAACCUGACAAACUGGAAGCCUCUUCGCAGCUGGAGCAGGAUGGGAAGAGGGGGAGCAGGCCACGGGUCCUGCCUGCUUCUCUUCAUGCCUCCCCCAGCCUCUGGGCUUCUCCCUCCUGCGGCUCUGCCCCUGGUGCCCACUUUUGGUCCACCCAGAUGUGGAGCCUGGAGGGUGUGACCUCACACCACGUGUGUCCCCACGGAGAGGCCUGGGCAGGCUAGCACCCCACUCUGGAGCCACGUGUACUCAUAUUUCAGCAGUAGAGCAAGGCAGGGAGGGCAAGCAGGUUAGAUGGGGUCUUUUUAUCCUCAUUCCCCCAACCUCAUAAUCCCUAGAGUGCUGGGGGAGAGCCACCUUCCACCACACAAUGCCAGCAUAAACCCACUCACCACGGACGGAAGUGCCCGAGGCCUGUGGGGGGACUUCGUGAGUUCCAGUCUCCCCAGGCCUGGGCUGCUGCCCCUUUUAUAACUGUUUUGGUCCUACUGAGAAAGGCCUCUCCAGCAAUAAUGUUUUAUAGCCAUUUCUUCCAUCUCUGGGGACAGCAUGAGGUAGGGAGUGUCACCCAUGCCUGGAUACUGUACCGACUUUGAUAGAUUUCUACACUGAGGUUUGCAUUUGUAUCGCCCAAGUUACUUUUACUUCUCUGUACAAGAUGAUUUUGAAGCGAUUUUAAAGACUUUCCCUUUUGUAUUCUCCUCCUUGUCCACUGCCAUGGUCCUAUUGGUGACUGGGGCUUUGGUGUGGAGUUUGCUUUGUACUGAGGGCUUGGGGUGGGGAAGCCAUUUGUAUUUUUUUUUUUUUUCUUAGCACGAGCAGGUGAACCAGGAGCAGCUCUGUAACUCCCUUUCUGUACCUUCGCAGCGCACCAGGACUGUUUUAUAAACUGCUGUAUUUUGAAACUCUUUCCUUACUGCCUGGGUCAGCAAGUUCUUAAUUAAAACUGACCCUAAGGGUGCCUGGCCCUUUUGGACCUGGAAUUCUGAACCUCAUCUGCCCUGUUCCUGAGGGAGGAGAAGGGGAAAGUAUGCUUUAGGGGGCUGCUUCCUAUCUAAGAAAGCCAUUAGGAGCCUCUGCUCCCCAAAAAGAACCCACUGGACAUUCUUAGCCUCCUCACUGCUUCUCUGGGGCUCUUUCUUCUGCCUUCUCAGGAAAGCUGGGAUCUGACUUUGACCACGAAGACCAGACAGGUCUCUCUGGUCUUGAUUCCACUGGCUCACUACUUCCUCAGAGUUCCUACCCCCUGGAGACUGGGCUCAGGUUCCUCCUCUUUAUCAGGUGGGGCUGAUGCUCAGGUCUGGGGAGAAGGCCUCAGCUUGGCGUAAGGGGCUUGGUGGGGUUCUGGACAGAGGGACAGGAUCCUGCUGGAGCAGCCAGAAGCCCCAGAGCUCUCAAGAUGAAACAGGAGCAGCCAGACCUGGGGUUCCUGCCGGGGGAAGGGGACCGUUCUACAGUGAUGCAUCCAGACCAUCCCACCAGCCGCCUCCUCCAGCGGGACCAGGAGCAGCCGAGGUCAGGGGAGGUCAGCCUGGGCCCCCCAGAGUUCUGCCAUUUCCACUUCUACCCAUAGGCCUUAUUGCUCUGUUUACAGUGACCCACCCGAGGCCUCUUCCCAAGGGGCCUGUGGGGAUUCUGGGGUCCACUCACUGGGUUAAUGUUUAUUUGAUUAUUUUUUUCUAUGUAAAUUUCUAACCUGGCUUUUUCCAUUUCAAUUCCUGUGAUUUAUGCCAAUAAAGUCUGCCAUUAUUUUCA